ACCUCUCCGUCUGCCUUGAAUCAGUUGGGAUUAGUCAACAUACCAGCUGCCUUCGGCUGAUGGCAAUAGUCCAGUAACACCAGCAAGUAAGGAACGUGUUUUAUUAUUUGCUUUUCUUAUUGAUAUGUAAGAAGCUCAGAUGGGGAUACGGGAGUUAAAACAAAAGACGAUCUAUAGGGAACGAGUGGGAGAAAUGAGGACGAGGUGUCGAGGAUGAUCUCCUGAUCUUUCCGCUGCAGCAGCUUAAUGAGUUAAUGUUCAUUUGAGUCUUUUAGUUCGUAGCUGUCAUUAGGCAUAGUCACCUUCUGAGCUCCAUGGCGUCUUUGGACGAAGAGUUCACCUGCUCUGUUUGCCGAGACAGCUUCAGCCAGGCCCACCCUCUGCCUUGUGGCCAUAGCUUCUGUCCCGCCUGCAUCCGUGAGGCCUGGAGCUCUCAGGGGGAAGGAAAAGGUCGCUUCACCUGCCCCCAGUGUCAGGAGGAGCACGGCGAAGUCCUGUGCGACUGCUGCCCUCUCCAGGCAGAGGACAGUCGGCCCCCGAUGGCCGUAAAGACCUGCUUGAGGUGUGAGGUGUCGCUCUGUGCCGACCACCUUCGGCCCCAUCUGGAGAGGCCUGCGUUCAGCUCCCACCUGCUGGUGGAGCCGUUGUGGGACCUCUCCCAGAGAAGGUGCCCGGCACACGCGGAGGUAUUCCGCUACUACUGCGUGGACGAGAGGGUGUACGUCUGCGGGGACUGCCUGCUGGAGGGGGCGCACGCGCUGCACAAGGUGAAGCCGCUGAGACAGGUGGAGGAGGACCUGAAGGUCAUCUUGCAGACUCUCCUCACCAAAGCAGAAAAGAAGCUAAAAGAUGGUGGGAAGGUUCUCAAAGACCAUGAAAACAUCGACUCUGCGAUGGCGGGCUCCCUGAAGCGGGACGACAGCCAGAUGGAGCGGCUGGACACGGACCUGCAAACCCAGGUGAAGAAGCUGGUGGUGGCUCUGAAGGAGAUCACCAAGAGGGAAAGGCAGCAGAUCGUAGAGCGUGUGCACCAAGACUGCGCCAAAGUGAGAGACGACAUGAGCCAGACGGUCCACAUUCAGCGCUACCUGAACCUGCUGCUGGCAGAGACGGACCCUUUCCUGCUCAUCUGGGCGUUUCAGUCAGACGACACAAAGUUGCUGGCAGACCUGAACUGCCCACUUUUCCUCCCUGAGCCUGUCUGUGUGGACAGGAAGCACAUCCUGGAAGACGUAGAGGGCAAAUAUCGAGAGUUCAUCACGUCCACCCUGCGCUGCCUCAGUGAGCUCAAGAGGGAACUCUUGACCAGCCCUCUGUCCCUGGACACAAACUCCGCCCAUCCUCUGCUGAGCAUCUCUGACGACCUGCGUUCUGUCACGCGUGUAAAGAGCCGGCUGCCCUGCGCCGCUCACCCCGAGCGGUUUGACCACUGGCCACAGGUCCUCACCGUCCAGACCUUCUCCUCUGGGACUCACUACUGGGAGCUGGAGGCUGAGGGAUUCUGGGAUGUCGCCGUCUGCUACCGGAGCAUCGGACGGAAGGGGAAGGAAGGGAAUGCUUUUGGAAACAACAAGGUGUCAUGGAGCCUGACGCAGCAGCACGACAGAAAGCUGUCUGCCUGGCACAACCGCAGGAAGACACGCCUCACGUACCAAAUGGUCGGCAAUCGAGUCGCAGUUGCCGUGGACUACAGCUCCGGGACCGUCACCUUCUCCGAAGUGGGUCCAUCCAACACUCUGAUCCACCUCCACACUUUCUCCACCAGCUUCACGCAGCCUGUGUGUUUGGGCUUCGGACUCUAUAAAGCUGAGCUCAAGAGCCGCAUCUCUGUCGUCAAAGUGUGAGCGGGAGAUCGACGCGCCUGGGACUUUUGCCGUGAGCCACGCUCUCUUCCGGACUGGCUGUGAUGGCGUUCUGCUCCUAACAGUGCGUUGAUGGUGGUCGCCUGCCUCAGAAAUGCUUCCUAACAAUCUGAAAUGUGAAACCUGAGGCUCAUUAAAAUAAAGAGAGAGGUCUGUUUUUAAGCAAA